UAGUUAAUUUUCCCAUUAAGAGCAGAACACACAGUUGAUAAAAUUCCAAAUUUUCUUUUUCACGAUGAAUAAUUGUACCACGAUUAAUUGUCCCUGUAAGAGCCGCAAGGGAGAGGCUCACGAAUGCUUCUACGACUGCAACAGCGAUACGGAGGGGGACGAUAAUGGUGCCCCUGGUGGGGAUGUUUGCAAGGUGGUCGCCCAUCAGGAGGAUCCUUCGCACAUGCGUGCCGUUUUGGAGAAUGCCCUUCACGCCACACAGAACCUGCUCGGUUGCUAUGGGUCGCCCGUGGCACCCACUGUACGUAAUCCUGCCCCACCCGGGAUGCACUACUAUCCAGCCACGCUGGAGGUAUCUGUGACCCUUAACUCGGAGCAGUCGUGCCUCUGUCCCAAGCAUCGCCGGUGCCGACUACGCGGCGAUCCGGUGAAACUCAAGCUCCCCAUCGAGCUGAAUCCAGAGAGCGGUCAAGUGAAGGUGAACAUCUUCCAGCCCCGGCCUGUGGUGACUAUCAGUGACUGUCGUCAAUGUGGCGCCGGCCUUCCCGACGAUGCUGGCGACAGGUGCAACACCAAGAAGCGGAAGUCUUGCUCCUGCGUACGUAAAGUUCGCUGGUGCAAGGAGGAGCCAAGAGAAGGCUGAGUGUUUGUAGUGGAAUAUGUAUUGAUAGGCUAUCGACUGAUUGAUUAUAUAAAAGGUGCUCCUU